GGCUAUCAGGGCGGUUCAAAAAUUUUUUAAAUAACCAUCAGUUGGUUCCAUAACCAGAUAAUUUAUCGGCUCAAAAACUAUAUGAAAUACGCCAAUACGAGUUUCUUAUUUUUAUUAUUUUUUUCAAGUUGUCAUGUUGAUCCGGUUAUAAUUUUUAUUAUUAUUUAUAUAGCAAAAAAUGGGUCGUGCAUAUCAUCAAGAAGGCAACAAAAAUAUUAAAAAUUCUCCGGAUAAAUUGAAUAAAACUAAAAUAUUUGAUAAGAAAAAAUAUAGAGAAACUAAAUACAGUAAUCAGCAUAAAAUUAGUAAAUGGGAGUCGGAGAGAAAACAAAAAUUUUUACGCGAAUUAAAGAACGACACAGAAGUGUCCAAAAAAUUUAAGACUUCAUUUGCUGACAAAACACGUGGAAAUCAAAAGUUUAAUAAAAAUCAAGAAUUGAAACAAAAAGUAUUGAGUGAAAAAUUAAAAAAAAAAGAAGAAAUUAAACGAAAACAAUUGGAAAAAGAGGAAGCACUAAAAAAGUAUAAAGAAAAAAGAGCUGAAACUUAUAAAAAAUUAUGCAAAAAAACUAAAAAAGGUCAACCUGUCAUGAAAGAUCGUAUGGAACUUUUAUUACAAAAAAUUCAAUCAACUAUUAAAUAAUUAAAUAUUCAAAAUUUUGAUUUUAGUUUAACGAAUUUAUACUGUACAUUGAAUUAUAAUUUAUUAAUAAAAUUCCCAAGAUAUUUUUA